AAGAAAAAUGCGUGUGCGCUUAAGGAUGCCGAAAACCGGAACACCACUGCUAGGUCCGAAAAGGGCAGCUCGUGUUCGGUGUGUGGUAGUCGUUGAGACUGUCCAGGCAGCUUCCUCGAAGAAGCAAGUUCCAGCGCGAAGGUGGUGGGAGAAUUUCCGGACUUGGUUGUGCUGUUAAUGCCAAAAUAGCAUUAUUUAGCGUGUGUAACGACUGAGAACACAUACACUGAAACUUGAGACAAGAAAUUUACUUAAUUUCUGUGGCCAAAUUAAAGACCUACCAUGACAAUGAAGAAAGAGACUGAAUUUGUCAUUUUCACCUAAAGAAAAAUGAUAAACAAAAAUCAAACCUGUGGCACAGGACAGGAUUCUAUGCCCUAUAUGACUUGUCUGAUUCACAUACUUGAAGAAUGGUUUGGUGUGGAACAGUUGGAGGACUAUUUGAAUUUUGCAAACUAUCUCUUGUGGGUUUUUACACCACUAAUACUUUUAAUACUUCCUUACUUUACUAUCUUUCUUCUCUAUCUUACUAUUAUUUUCUUACACAUUUAUAAGAGGAAGAAUGUAUUAAAAGAAGCCUACUCUCAUAAUUUAUGGGAUGGUGCAAGGAAGACGGUGGCAACUCUUUGGGAUGGACAUGCGGCGGUUUGGCACGGGUAUGAAGUUCAUGGGAUGGAAAAAAUACCAGAAGAAGGACCAGCACUUAUCAUUUUUUAUCAUGGAGCUAUUCCUAUAGAUUUUUACUACUUCAUGGCUAAAAUUUUUAUCCACAAAGGCAGAACUUGCCGCGUAGUAGCUGAUCACUUUGUCUUUAAAAUCCCAGGGUUUAGUUUAUUACUUGAUGUAUUUUGUGCUCUACAUGGACCAAGAGAAAAAUGUGUUGAAAUUCUGAGGAGUGGUCACUUGUUAGCUAUUUCACCAGGUGGAGUUCGAGAAGCCCUAAUUAGUGAUGAAACCUACAACAUCAUUUGGGGUAAUCGUAAAGGCUUCGCUCAGGUUGCAAUUGAUGCAAAAGUGAUGAGGAAACUCAGGCACAGAGAGAUGAAGGGAUGGAGGGAUCGGGUCAUACAGCAAGGCAGAAGCAGAGCAGAGCAUACAGUUCAGGACUGCAGGCAACCGCGACUGUUGCCAUCCCUGACUGCAUUUCACAGUGAGUCUGCUGACCUUGAGCCCAUUAUUCCUAUGUUUACACAAAAUAUUCGAGAAGGAUUUAGAUCACUUGGAGGAACAAGGCUAUUUAGGUGGCUUUAUGAAAAAUUCCGCUAUCCAUUUGCUCCAAUGUAUGGCGGUUUUCCAGUGAAAUUACGUACCUAUUUAGGUGAUCCUAUUCCCUAUGAUCCAAAGAUAACAGCAGAAGAAUUAGCUGAGAAGACAAAGAAUGCUCUUCAAGCUUUGAUUGAUAAGCACCAAAGAAUACCAGGAAACAUUAUGAGCGCUUUGUUAGAACGUUUUCAUAAAAAACAGAAGAACGACUAGAAAAUGAUUUAAUACAUUUAUAUUUAUAUGUUUGUGUCUGUGGUACUGUCCUCUAAAUUUCGUAGGUUCUAUAAUUAGUUUUUUUUUUAAAUGUUAAUAAGCAUCCUAGACUGAACUCGUUUGUUUAAAAUUGUAUUGAUUUUGUUUUUGCAAUCAGUUGUGUCAAAUUUAAAUUCAUUACAUGCCUAAUAAUUCAGAAAAUGAUGUUUCUUUUUAUAAAUUCCUGAUAAUGUAUGAUAAACAUAUAGAUUUUAAAAAUUAAGUUUAUUAAUAACAGCAAUUUAGGUUAAACAAACAUUCCUAAGAUAAUGCAUCUAAUUUCUGUAUCUGUUGCACUGAACUGAUUUUGCAAGAUGGCAUAAUUCAGUACAGACACUGAAGUUAGAAGAAAAAAUACUCUUUUAUCUGCCCCUCAUUCCUUUCAUGACCUUGGGCGAAUCAUGUAAUGUUUUUGUGCCUCAACAAUUCACUUUUUAAAAACAUGCUAAUACUUUGUUGAGGAAUAUUAUUUUAAAUUCUUUUUUAAAAUUUUAAAUUCUUUGUAUUUGCUGUGACUGAUAACUGUAGAACUGAAAUUAUAACUGAAUUAAACAAUACCAAGAAUUUUUAGACAUUUAUGUAUAUAUUUGGUCCACGUGAUGUUUAAAUUAUUUCUUUAGGUAUGAUGUCAAGUUGCCAAGCACAAUGGGAAAGAUACACUGUUUUUCAAAUUGAAUAAAAGGGAAAUUAGGAAAAGUAGAAUUUCUAAUAAUUAUUAUUAUUUUUAGUAUUUUAUUUUUUAACAAGAAUCUGUAGACGUACCAUAUAGGGUAUGCUGUGCAUUGUCAGCUAUGUAACAUGACAUUUAAUAGUAUAAGGUUAAAAAUCACUGUUGUGCUUUGCAUUUUGUAUGUUAGAAGUUGAUUCUAGCCUGAUAAAAGCAGAACUAAGAAAGCUCUGCCUUUGCUGAAUACCAUGGCUUAUUCAGUUUGACUUUGCAACCAGUCAAAUGGUUUAUUGUUUCAAUAAAAAUAUACUUGAAUGAUAAAUUUAUGUAAACACAAAACUUUCUGAUAAAUUAAUGGCUUUUGAUUUGUUGUCUCCUUGAAAUCUGAAUUUUUAAAGUAUUUAAAUGGAAGAGUACCAGAAAUCAAAUGCAGUAUCUUCCUCUUCCUUUUUUUAGAUAUUAACUUACUUGGAUUUUUGUAUUGAUUUUUGUAUAACAAGUAUAUAUGUAUGAUAUCUGUAAUGUAUAUAGAAUUAAGCAACAUAAAAUAAAAGUAAAGCUGAAUUGCAAUUCA